AUGUCAAACUCCAAUACAAGCGACCAUAACGCCGCCAGCCCCGAAAAUUGCGACGCAGAAACUUUUGAAUCUACAGACCAUCGGUCCGGUAGACAAGAAGCAUUAUUUGUCAAGGUCUACAUAGAUCAAGAUCAAGAGGCUUCACGCAAGAUCGAUUUCAGUGAAAGUGUCAAUGCCCUUGGCACCCUCUAUCGCAGUCUUAAUGACAAGGAGAACCACAAAGCUCUCCGGGAAAUCAUCAAGUUUUACCAAAGUUGCCUAAAAGCCAACAGAUUGCUUGACCUGAGUUCCUUGUCUGUAGGGGCAAAAAAGCACCAUUACGGACAUCAAAAGCAAGAGGCAAGUAGAAGAGUGUAUGCGGACAAGGUGCAACUCGAAGAAUGGUUGGCAGAGGAUAAAAAGUUUCGAAAUUGGGCACUCAAUGCCUGGUACGAUAGAUUCCCAACCUCAGACCCACCAUUCCGCAACAUCUCCCGACUACAAAAGAAGAGGUAUGUAGAGACUCAACCACCCAUGGAUGCUCCAGACAAUAUAGUCGACUUGACUGCUGACAAUACGCCUCUCCGUACCGAGUUGUCUGCUAAUACCGGCUCGCCGCAAACCUCAGAUCAACCUUUGGGUCACAGUUAUGGGGACGCCACACUUGAAAAACCACUUAGUGCAGGCUCUGAGGGAGCUAGUGAGAAAGCAUCCCUAGAACAACGAGUCAAGGAUCUUGAGCACCAAAUACACGAUCAGCAGGCUACAAUAGCCGAGAGCACUAGCCGAUAUGAGGCCCUAGAAGAGCAGGUCAAAUCGCUUAUGGACGAACGAGCUGCAGAAUACCAACACUCCCAGUCGCUCAAGGACCAGCUCCAGGAGUCUGGAGCUGAAAUUCGACGAUUAGCGCAAACGAUGCAGGCGAUGGAGCAGACACUGACGCGAAAAGUCCACGCUGUCGCCUGGAACACCCAUAUUAGUCUGAGGAGCUUUGCCGCCGAGCAGCAAGCAGAGCAGCAAAGAGCAGAGCAAAGCCGUCUCCUCAGGCAGAUGGCAGUACAAGCUCCAGCGGCGGCGGACUAUAGUGUCCGAGCAGCAAGACACUGGAACUCUCGGCUCGAGGCGGCUCAGACACUCGCAGCUAUGAAGCAAGAUAGGCGCGAUAUAUGA